AUGGCAACUCUUGGAGAGAGCAAAUCCGCUCGUAAACAUGUCGGAACCGCGCCCAUUGCAGCAUCUGAUCUGAAUGAAGGAUGUGAUGAGCAUUUCAUUGCAAUAAAAAAGGACCUGGCACUUGUGAAGGGGCUCUCAGAGGCGAAAGUCGAAAAGAUCGUCGAGGCAGCGAUGAAGUUGGAGUUGUGCAAUUCUUUCAUCAGUGGUGGCGAGCUGAUAACGCGGCGUGCGAAAGUGGUCUGCUACAUAGACACCGAAGCGACAUUCAGACCAGAGAAAAUCUGUCUUAUUGCUGAACGAUUCGGUUUAGACGGCGCUGGUGUCCUCGACAAUAUUAUGUAUGCUCGCGCCUACACCACGGAACACAUGCACCAACUCUUUACAGUCGCCGCAGCAAAGGUUCGUCUUGAUUCGCGUUUUUAA